GCUAGCAACGACACCUCUAUUUCCUCUACUUUAUUGCAACGAAGAGGGGAAACCCGAGACGCACAUAGUCGAAAGCAAAACCUGACGAAGAGUUCAUCUAUCGCACGGUCUUUCCGCCAAAUGGAUGUCGCCGAGUCCCUCAGGGCUAGCGGCGACGACCUGUGGUCCGCCGCCAUCCGCACGCUCGGACACGAACUGACAUCUCAGAUAGAUUUUGCCCAGAACAGCAAGAAAAAGACGCUAGAUGAGCUGCUAGCGGUGACUGACCAGGAGAGGAAACGUUUGGUCGACAAGUCGUGGUCCUUCAAGCGGAAGGACGGCGAGGUUGUAUUCGUGCGUGACUUGUUGGCCAAGGCGGCCAAGUGGGUCAAUCACUUCAAGGCAGUAGGCGACACUGUCGUACAAUACGAUCCGGUCCACGCUGCUCUGCCUUGGGCGGGUGUUCGAUUCUUGUUGAACGUCGCAAUUGGGGACUUGGAUACAUACAACAGUUUACUGGAGAGAACCGUCGAUAUUGCAGAAACAAUAUGCCGAAACGCCCUUGUUGAAAGUCUGCUGAAAGAUUCCCAGUCGCAAACCGCAAAGGAACUAAACCGUGCGUUGGUCAAGUUAUACGCAAGCAUUCUGGCCUAUCUCGCCAAGGCAAAGUCAUACUACGAGCAGAACAGUCUCAAGCGUGUUGUCAAGCAUGGAAUCCUUGCCUCGUCCGACUUGGAGUCAGCCUUCACCGCCAUCAGCGAAGCCCAGGCACACGUGGAUCGUUGUGCCACUUCCUUCGGCUUACAAGACCAGCUGGAAAGCCAUGCCGAGAUGAAGCGGAUGCUGAGGGACUUUGAUGCCCCCGUAAACCGUUGGGACAAAGCACUCCACACUAUCGCUGAUCAACUCCAUGCAACAAGAAGAACCGAGAUUUUGAGUUGGAUCUCCAAAGAGCCUUACAGACAACAUCACAUGCAGACGAGGAGUGAGGUUUUGGAGGGCACAGGGAAGUGGCUUCUGCACGACCCAACUUUUUUACAGUGGAAGAACGAAAGCGCUUCCUCCAUUCUAUGGCUUCAUGGCAUUCCAGGGUCCGGCAAGAGCAAGUUGGCGUCCAUCGUUGUCGAGGACGCGCUGGAGGCAUUCCAACAGAAACAGGCACCAGCUCCGGCCUAUUUCUACUGUUCCCGAAACACAGCUGAGCCUAGGCGUUCUGAUCCUUCCAAGAUCGUGGCUAGCAUUGCGAGACAGCUCUCCACUCCUGAAACUGGAGGACCACUUCUCGAUGCCGCAAUCGAGGUGUACAAAAGACGGGAAGAAGACGCAUUCGCAUCUGGGUCGCUCCAUCUUGAUGAAAGCAGGAGUUUGAUCCUCAAGCUGCUUGAGCAAUACCAGGGCGCGACAAUGACGAUUGUCAUCGACGCUCUGGACGAAUGCAACCCACUAACUCGGGGAGAUCUGCUGGGUAUGCUAGAAGACCUUCUGAAGACAUCUCCAUGUCUCCUGAAGAUAUUCGUGUCAAGUCGGACGGAUCGGGAUAUUGUCUAUAAACUGGACAAUUAUCCGAACUUGCACCUCUCCUCCGACCGUAACUCGGCAGACAUAGAUCUGUUCGUACAUUCAGAGACAGACCGCCUUAUCGACAAAGGGUCUUUGCUGCGGCUCAGUAUGCGAAAGGAAGAGAUACGCGACAAAAUCAUCCACGAGCUCACUUCCAAGGCGCAGGGCAUGUUUCGUUGGGCGAGCUUGCAAUUGCAGGCUCUCUGCCAACAGACCACCGACGCUGCGAUUCUGGAGAGACUUGGACGACUACCGAGGACGCUAGCAGAGCUUUACCAAGAAAUCCUUGCGAAGAUUGAAAAUCUUGACGCGGAUGCAGACAGGCAGUUCGCUCAGAGUGCUCUCAGCUGGCUGCUUUGUGCCCAGGAGCAACUUCGGUCGGACGUCUUUCUAGCCGCUGUGUCUAUAACAAAGAAUGGAUCCGCCCCUACAAUCUCGAGGGAUCAGCUCUUACAGUUAUGCUGCAACUUGGUUAUUUUCGACUCCGCCGUCGAUGCGUUUCGGUUCUCACACUUGUCGGUCAGAGAGUUCCUUGAAAACCAAAAGACGUACCAACCAGCAUCCGCAAACGCUCUCGUGGCGGAAGCUUGUCUUUGCAAUCUCGAUAGGAUGGCACCCGAAGCUUCGCCAAAGUCACCCCUUCUGAAGUACUCAUGCUUGUUUUGGGCGGAGCAUGCCUGCGCAGCCGCUCAGGAAAGGCAAACACGACUGAAUGAAGUUCUGCUCAAGUUCUUGUCGGCUGAACAAUAUUCAUCAUGCUUUUACCGUUGGCAUCGGAUGGCUGAAGAGUAUUUGAGUAAUCGACGAGUACACUGGGUUGCUGCAUUGAAGCUCCAGGCCACCAUGUCCUACGUGCCUCGAGUUCUGCUCGUUAUCUGUGCGUAUGACUUGUCUGGUGUUCUCAGCCCGGAACGAUGGAGGGAGUUGGCGCAAGAACGGCCCAGUAACAAGGAUGGUUUAACACAUGAGGAGGUUGCGGUCAGUUAUGGCAGUGGUUACAUUCUACAAUGGCUUUUAAGCAACGGAAUUCCCUUUGAAGUGAAUGAAGAGGUGCUCAAGGGAGCAGCUAAGAACGAGAAAAGCGGCAAGGAGAUACUGGCACUACUUCUCGACAAGCGCGGGGACGAGAUCCAGAUCACGGAAGGCGUGGUCAAGGCAGCAGCUGGGAACUAUCAAAGCGGGAAGGAAAUACUGGCGCUGCUUCUCGACAAGCGCGGGGAUGAAAUCCAGAUCACGGAAGGCGUGGUCAAGGCAGCAGCUGGGAACUAUCAAAGCGGCGAGGAAAUACUGGCGCUGCUUCUUGAUAAUCGCGGGGACGAAAUCCAGAUCACGGAAGGCGUGGUCAAGGCAGUAGCUAGGAACUAUCGAAGUAGCGAGGAAAUAUUAGCGCUGCUUCUUAAUAAGCGAGGGGCUGAGAUCUAG